GGGUAGUGCAUGUUUAUCCCGAGAGGUGGCGGUGUUCCUCCCCGCCGGUGCCGGUCUACUCGUCGGUGUGUGAAAGGUUUCACUCUCCCGGAAGCUCUGGCAGCGCGCGGAGCUCUAAGCUUCUGACACGUGUGGUAGUGUAGCCAACGAGAUGCAUCCCCCACCGGCGCUGCCCCUGCCGCCGGGCCCCUCGCUGGAGGAGAGCCUGCAGAGCUGUCCACGGCUCAAGGCCGACGACGUGCAGCGCCUGCAGGAGUGGCUCAACAAGCAGCCGCACCUGCCGCGCAUGAGCGAGGAGAGCAUCGCGCGGCUGCACGAGCAUAAGGAUUGGAUGCUGUCGCUGGCGGCGCGCGGCGCGGACGAGAGCAAGCGGCCGGCCGAUUCCAGCCAGCGCAGCGCCUUCGGAAUCGUCGGCUCCUUCAAGAAGCUCGAGAUCGACUGAAGGUUGCGCGCGGCCGCCGCCAGGGGCGUUGCUGCAUUCAGCGGCGUCGCGUCGCGUCGCAAUAAACUCGCUUUAAAAACCAGCUACGGAAGGCUACGAAUUGGAAUUUCUUUCCGCAAGAAGAUGAAAAAGGGAACAAUCAGAAAUGUAAUGGUGAAUCCAGAAGUUUCUUCCGUUAUUCUCUUACUAACUGUGCCCUUUUGGUAUCUGCUGUUACAUUGAAAGUAGGCCAGAUGUUCAAUGCAACUAGGCCUAAAACAUUCUCAGGUUUAUUAAACCAAGAUUUUAUUCUCCAAAUUCUGUUUUAGCUUCCUUGAUUUUAACAUUUCAAAAUAUGGAAUCAUCAUCAAAUGAGAUCGCCAGAAUUAAUUAUGGUAAAUGUUUCCAUACAAAGGUCACUUAUGCUGAAUUCAACUCUCCAGAGGAACUGACACCCGUCUAUUUGGACCCUGAUCAUCAAGGAUAUCGAUUACAUGGAAGAUAUCUACUAAGUGAAAUCCCAAGUUUUAAAAACAAGCAAUACGGGUAAAUGUAUUUUAUAUUAUUGAUGGUAACGAAAACUCGAAUAUUUGCGCUCAAACAUUUCUAAUUUAAUCGCAUAAAAUUGCUUCUUAUUAAGCGAAUGCACGUAGUACAGUUUCUUAACUAUGUGUAAAUCGACUAGUAAAUAAAUUUGCCCAUAAAUCAUGUUUCAUUAAAAACACCGGAGUAUUAAUAGAAAGACAAACAGCAUUGUCAUUUUUCAUUCAGAAUAAUUUCAUAAGCAGAAAAAUAUUCCACACGUAAUUCAUUAGUCCUUCACUGGCUUGAAUACUGAUGAAAAUUAAAAAGUCAGAAAAAAUCAGUUAUUAAUGGACGCUGAGCAUUUUGAGGCAUUCUUGUAGUCUUGAGAUUUUUAAAUUAAUUUUGUUUUCGGCAGAAGAGUA